ACUAGUAAAUGAUUUACUUGUUGAUCCACACCAGACAAUAGUUUCAGAGACUUCAGAGACAGAAAAGUAUUAGUGAACUGAGCUCAGAAUGAGAGUUCCUGUAAAACUCAUCGGCUUCGGCUUUUGGUUGUUUUUCUUAAAUUGUGCCCGAUGUCAAGAAUGUCUUCGAGAGAACAUUAUAUAUGAAAACACAGAACCAGUUGAGAAAGCUUCAUACGCUGAUGGUGAAAGAGUGAAAUUGAACUGCAGGACAGGUUAUACUGGCUUUUAUAGAUUAAAAUGUGAAAAAGGAGAAUGGAAAAAAUCCAUUGAGCGACCAUGUGCAAAAAAACAAUGUAGUCAUCCAGGCGACACACCAAAUGGUGAUUUUGAACUUAAAGGGGGUACAGAGUUUGUUUUUGGAGUAACAGUGGUGUAUAAGUGCAACAAAGGGUAUGAAAUGACAAGCAGAAUCAAUCAUCGUAGCUGCAGAGCUCAAGGAUGGGACAACGCUGUCCCUGUCUGUGAGGGUACGAUUUACGAAAUGGUGAAAUGUCCAGCCAUCCGCACAGAUGAGGGGGUGACUGCGUCAGGUAACACAGAGGAGGGAAGUUAUGGUGAUGUUAUUCGCUUCGAGUGUGUAUCUUCUGACAAAAUGAUAAACGGAAGUAGUGAAAUUCACUGCGAAGAGACGGGAAAAUGGAGUGAUGUUGUUCCAAAGUGCAAAGACAUAACAUGUACAGCACCUGUCAUACCAAAUGGAUAUGCUGUUGAUUCACAGCCAGAAUACAAGAAAGAUGCCCCAUUAAACUACAAAUGCUAUAAAACAUUCAAGCCCAGAGAGGGAAUCCCCAAAUGUGCUGAAUUUGGCUGGACUGUGAAACCAGAAUGUGAUGAAGUAAACUGUGUGCUGAAGUCAACAACAUAUGGAGUAAAAAUGAUCAUCCCACAUGGAAAAACUAUUUUUGGAGCUAGAGAAAUCGUGGAGAUCACCUGCUCUGAAAAAUACUGGUUCUUUGGUACAAAAGAAACCAAAGAAACAUUUACAUGCAAAGAUAAUGGAGAGUGGGACAAUGAGCCUGUUUGUGCAGAGAUUACAUGUGACGAUCCACGUGACCAGCUUGUGUAUAGACCAUACUUCUGGAGAACAAUGAAAUUAGGAGAAAAACAAUCUUACAUUUGUGUGUAUGGUUAUAGUCAAACAGCAGCAGAAGCCACAUGUACACGAGACGGAUGGACACCAAAUCCACUGUGUACUGAAAUAGUGUGUGCAGCACCCAACAUCCCAAAUGCACAGACUGUGGGAUUUCAGAGACCAAACUAUAGAAUCAAUUCAAUAAUACGAUAUAAAUGUCAUCCUGGAUUUGAACCAGAGGAGCUUGUACAAAUCACCUGUGAUCGCGAGGGCCAGUGGAGAGGCAUACAGCAAUGCACUGAAAUCUGUGCAGCACCCAACAUCCCAAAUGCAGAGAUUGUGAGAGGUCAGAGACCAAACUAUAGAAUCAGUUCAAGAAUACAAUAUAAAUGUCAUCCUGGAUUUGAACCAGAGGAGCCUGUAGAAAUCACCUGUGAACCCGAGGGCCAGUGGAGAGGCAUACAGCAAUGCUUUAAAAUUUCAAAACUGUGCCGUGAAUCGUUCUUGGAAAAUGGGUUCAUAUACAUCGACCCCUCCAACAAGGAAGAAAUCUUUUACUCCUGCGACCCGGGUUAUAAACCAUUCUCUGGGAACUGGUGGGGUUCAGUGACAUGCAGAAAAGGAUCUCAGUUUGAAGAGGCUCGCUGCAUCCGGAAGGAGGAAUGUGGUGCUCUUCCCAGUGUUCACCAUGGAAAACUAACCCUUCUUGAUCCAGAAACUGCUGAUGUGAAAUGUGAUCCAGGGUUCAUGUCAACUAACCGCUCCAUAAAAUGCACCAAUGGUAGAUGGGAGAAACCAGUGUGUAAGGAAAUAGUGUGUGCAGCACCCAACAUUCCAUAUGCAGAGAUUGUGGGACUUCAGAGACCAAACUAUAGAAUCAAUUCAAGAAUACCAUAUAAAUGUAUUCCAGGAUUUGAACCAGAGGAGCUUGUACAAAUCACCUGUGAUCGCGAGGGCCAGUGGAGAGGCAUACAGCAAUGCACUGAAAUGUGUGCAACACCCACCAUCCCAAAUGCAGAGAUCAAGGGACCUCAGAGAUCAUACUAUAGAAUCUAUUCAAGAAUACAAUAUGACUGUCAUCAAGGAUUUGAACCAGAGGAGUCUGUACAAAUCACCUGUGAUCGCGAGGGCCAGUGGAGAGGCAUAAAGCAAUGCAUUGAAAUGUGUGCAGCACCCAACAUCACAAAUGCAGAGAUUGUGGGACGUCAGAGACCAAACUAUAGAAUCUAUUCAAGAAUACAAUAUAAAUGUCAUCCAGGAUUUGAACCAGAGGAGUCUGUACAAAUCACCUGUGAUCGCGAGGGCCAGUGGAGAGGCAUACAGCAGUGCUCUAGCUAAAGACAAGAAGUAUGAAAGGAGUAGAAGAAAGAAGCGCGCAUCCAGCAGAAGACAUCUCCAGUAACUCCACACCAUCUCCAGUCUGCUCAGUUUAGUUCCUGAGGCACAUCAGAAUUAAACUAAUCGUGUUCCUGUAAAAUUAUGGAUUUCAGAAUCUCCACCAGUUCUCAGCCGGAGGAUGACAGCUUCACCUUUCUGUGAUGUUUGGUGUAUGCUGAUGUUUUAAUGGGGAAUGUCUGAAUAAAUCAUCUCAAGAAA